GCCGCUGACGUGGCGCAGCCCCCGCGCUGCGCGUGCGCACGCGGCCCUUCCGGAGCGGAGCAGGAUGGUGCUGCUGGAGAGCGAGCAGUUCCUGACGGAGCUUACCAGGCUCUUCCAAAAGUGCAGGACUUCCGGGAGCGUUUUCAUAACGCUGAAGAAAUACGAUGGUCGAACAAAACCAGUUCCACGCAAAGGCCACGUAGAAAGUUUUGAACCAGCAGACAAUAAGUGUCUCCUGAGAGCAACUGAUGGAAAGAAGAAAAUUAGCACAGUGGUGAGCUCAAAGGAAGUAAAUAAAUUCCAGAUGGCAUAUUCAAAUUUGCUAAGAGCUAACAUGGAUGGCUUGAAGAAGAAAGACAAGAAAAGCAAGGCCAAGAAGAGUAAAGCAACACAGUGACGGGACAGUGUGCUACCAUCACUAUAAUAGACUUGACCCUUGCUCAAAGCAAAGUCCAUUUCUUUUUGAGUUACCAUUUGUCUUUGGCUUUCCUUCCAGCAGGAUACUGGGAUUUCAUCAGUACUUUUGUUUAAACUGAGAGCAGAGGUGCUUUCUUUGGGUUGUUGUAUGGCAGGAGUAUGUACAGCAUUAUACUGAAAUUGCUUUACACUCAGCUGGUUUGUACUUACACUGCUGCUGUGUUCUCUGCAAUGUAAAACCUGUCAGGGGGGUAGCACAGGGUGAAGAGAAAUGCAUCGUACCAGGAGCAAAACAAGACUGGAGCAGGAGCCUCAGUGACAGAUGCCCAGUUCUAUAGAUGAGCCUCAGUAAUUCUAGGGAAAGCAGGUGCCAACAUAUUAUCAGGAACAGCUGCUUUCCUGUUUCUGUCUUAAUCGGAGGGCCAUGUCUACAUGAUGCAGUGCAGAUAUCCCCAAGGCAGCCAGCACAGUGCUCAAGCUCUUGCAGAGCCUUCACUCCAUGCUGAUCCAGCUGUUCUGACCUGGGCUCAGGGUGGGGGGAGGGUAGAACUCUGCAUCAUGUUCCCUUCAGACAUAGAUUAAAAAUGGUCAUGUGACCUAAACUUCAGGGAUCUGAAUUUUCCUUCCUUCAUACGAGCAGAUGUAAAAAGUAAAUAUGUAAUUGCUCCUAUUAAACAUAAUGAGAAAUGGA